AUGGACGGCCAAACCAAAACUCAACAAGAGUUCAACAAGAAGGUCAUGGAACUGAAACAACAUGUGGAUGGAGGUUACACUGAUUUCCAGAGCAAGUUUGAGGCCUUGAAUUCUCAGUUCAAGUCUUUGGAUAACCGAGUGGCUCAUUUUGCCUCAUCCUCUAAAAGAACUCCAUGCACUCUCUCUGGAAAAUGUGAAGCCAAUCCGAAGGAAAUAUGCAAUGCAACCUUCCUGGAAGAUGAAUAUUGUGAAGAGAUUAUGGAGGAACAUCUUGGUGAAGAUGAUUCAGAUGAUGAAGUCGACGGUAUUAGAACCCCGCCGGCUGAAGAGAACUCCUCAGGACUCUAG